CGCCACAAUAAAUUAACCAGACUUAAAUCAACAAUGAACGCUGGGUGGACUCUAGUACAAAUGCUUGAACUCGGAAAUAAAAGGCAUAAUAGUUCGCAUGUUACAUAAACGUGUUGUGCAAGCCUUACUGAGUGAGCAGUCGUCAGGUCCACCAAGAUCAAAGCGGGAGAUGUAUUUUUUAAAUCUGCUUUAACUCUCUCAGUUCAGUUUAAGAGAUGGGUGUCCGGGCAGCUUUUGUUGGAUCUUUACGUAAUUUCGGUUUCAGGUCGAAUGAGUUUACUUCACAUAGGUUGUUGUGCACUCUGAGAGAUCGAGGCUCCUCUAAAGCAAUACGGGUACUGUAUGAUGGAGAAUGCCCCAUAUGCGUUAAGGAAAUCCAUUUUCUUAAGUUCCUUCAGAAAAACGGGGCAGAGAAAGUAAACUUUGUGGACAUUUCACUGCCUGAAUACGAUGGAAGCAAAUAUGAGGGAGUCAGUUACGAAACUGCAAUGGCGGAAAUGACGGUGAUUGAUGAGAAUAACAAGGUUCACCGUGGUGUGCCAGCUUUUGCAGUGAUGUACAGUGCAGUGGGUUUGGGUUGGCUUGGUAUGCUGAUCUCUUUUCCACUGAUCCGACCUCUGAUGGACCGAGCCUAUGGACUGUUUGCAAAAAACAGACUAAAGUGGACUGGCAGAGAAGACUGCACCACAGGACGAUGUAUGAAAAAAUGAGAGCCAAAUUAUUUUCCUUGGGAUAUUGAUGUUUAGGGAUCUGAAUAACUUAAAUAAACAUAGAAUCUUAACUGUAA